AAAAUAUUUUAGGCCUUUAGUCCUCGGUGACGUCACGCGUGUAAACACCCGCCGCGCCGCCCUGCCCCGAGGAGGCACCUGUGACCCUGCGAGACGCCUCGGCACUACUACAGUUAUGGCGUCUGCACCUGGGACGAGUGGGAAAUGCAGAUACUGCCCAAACCCAUCCAAAUACACAUGUCCACGCUGCAACACCCCAUACUGUUCUUCUUCUUGCUACAAGAAUCCAGACCAUGUUCAGUGCUCUGAAAACUUCUAUAGGGAGCAGGUGGAGGAAGAGAUGCAAGGCAGUACAGUAUCCGAAGAAUCUAGGAUGAAGAUGCUAGAGAUCCUGCAGCGUGUCAAAUCUGGGGAAUCUGUGAUGGAGGCUGAGGAGGAGGAACCCUUGGACUCAGAUGAUGAGGCGGACGAGGACUUGAGUGUCAGGAUGGCAGGAGUGGACCUGAAUGACAGCGAUGCAGUGUGGAGGAACAUGACAGAUGAGGAGCGGAGGGACUUUCAGGAGCUUGUCAAGAGGGAAAACUUUGAAGAACUACUUCCUGCUUGGAGUGCCUGGUGGGAGCAGGAAGUGCAGCUGGUGCAAGAGGUCAAGCAAGACUCUCCCACUUCUCCUUCCUACAUGGCCAACUGCCCCAAGCUUGUGACGGUUCCUCCAUUCAGCGAACUCACAAAGGUGACCCCUUCUCCAUGCCUUCCCUACAACAUCCUCAACGUGUUGGCAGCUUAUGCAUGGACCGUGCGCCUUUUCAAUGGGGAUCACCAGGAGAGCAGCCAGGAUGCCACAGAGGCCAUUCUCACCUUGUCUCCUGUACUGGCUUCUAAUGCCAACUACCAAGAGGCUGCAGUGGCAGUUGAGAGUCCAAAAAUGGAAGCACAGAAUCACCUGUGGCUUCAAGAGAGUGAAGAGUUUGCCAGCACCGUGAGGAGAGAUGUUUGGAAGAUACUUCAAGGCCCCACCCCCAGCAACAAGACCUUCUACAUUCAGGCAGCUCUCUCAGAGAUCCACGUCCUACUCAAUACUUGCAAAACAUCUCUUGCCAAAAAGAAAAAAUCUGCAGGGCCAAGGAAGGGGAUGUUCUCAUCUGCCUUUCCUGAGGGGAGCACUCAAGUGGAGCUUAAAAUCACCUCAUUACUCCUGGUUAAGUCAGUCAUCAAGAAGAUUGAAUUCCUCUUGUCUUAUGCACAGGAACACUCAGAGCUACUAUCUGCCAUGCCUCUUGCUUAGGCUACCAAGAGUAAGUGAAGGUAAAGUAAUCUGCCAAGUGCAGCAGAAGUUGUAGAGUUCAAGAGAGUUGACAGUGUACACAUCAGCUUUGGCUCUCUGCAUAUACAAUAGAACAUCAAUUGGUAAAGAUUCGUAUUAGGUCCGUGCCAGUAUCUCAUAAUCUACUUUAUGAAACAUCACUAUCUCUUCAUAUAUCUUUUCUACAAACCUUCAACAGUCAUGGAAACGCUUUGAAAAUCCAAUUCAAGGACUUUUUUAUACUCUUGAAAAUAGGGGAUAAUGUUUACGAAAGCGCGUCGCCUCCUCUGGUGCUGGCCGCGGCGACGCUGCAGCCGCCGCAGCCGUAAAAUAGCUCGCAGAGGGCUUAGGGUCGGGUAGCAUAUUUAAACUACUCCAACCGAACUUUACGACCUACUAACGGGGGGGCUGCGCCGCCCCCCCUGGACCCUCCCACACACACACACACAUGUAUAUGUGACUUAUUUCAGCGAGGAGGUAUUUCUCGCAACACCUGCUGCAGCGUCGCCGCAGCCAGCACCAGAGGAGGCGACGCUUUCGUAAACAUUAUCCCCUAUUUUCAAGAGUAAAAAAAAAAGUCCUUGAAUUGGAUUUUCAAAGCGUUUCCAUGACUGUUGAAGGUUUGUAGAAAAGAUAUAUGAAGAGAUACUGAUGUUUCAUAAGGUAGGUAAUGAGAUACUGGCACGGACCUAAAACGAAUCUUAACCCAUCAAUUUAACACAAAUUAAUUCAAGAUUAUUUGUAUAGCAUAACACCCUAAAUAUAGAACCCAUUAUCAAUUCUACUCAAAUAUUUAUAUUUAGAACAAAUAAUAUUUGCCAUUUGAUAAUGAGUCACUCAAUUAAACAAGAACUUUAGAAGAAAAGGUAAAAUAAACAUACAGACAUCAGGAGUGACACCAAUAAGAGUGCAGUAGGCAAAAGACUUAAUCUCUCCUGGUUCUUGGCAGGCUGAAGGCAAGAGCACUGCAGCUUCUGCUUAGUUGUGUCAACCCCUCUGUGUCAGAGUCCCUUAUGUGCCCUGAUUCACUGGGGGAAAGAAUAAUGUGGCAAUGAUGUACUGCAUCAGCUUAUUGAUGACUUACCACAUUGCAUUGUGGGAUGUUUUAAAGAUUUAUGGUGUGAGAGGAAAACUGCUUAGUGCAAUAAAGUCUUUCUAUGAGGAUGCAUCUGCAUGUGUCAAAAUUAGUGGAGAAACAAGUGAAAAUUUUGAGAUAAAAGUGGGUUUAAGGCAGGGAUGUGUCAUGUCACCAUGGUUGUUCAAUAUUUAUAUGGAUGGUGUUAUUAGAGAAAUGAAGGGCAAAGUUGGGGAAGUUGGAGUAAAAAUGUUCGCUGAGGGAAGGAAGUGGGUACUGAAUUCGAUACUGUUUGCUGAUGACACAGUGCUCAUUGCAGAAAAUGAAAGUGACUUACAAAAUUUGGUCAGUGUUUUUGAGUGUCUGUAAAAGGAGAAAGCUGAAAGUAAAUGUCAACAAAAGUAAAGUGAUGGUUUGUGAGCGAAGCAGAAGUGAGGUUGUAGAUUUUGUAUGCCCAUAUAGAAUGGGAAUUGAAUGUGAAAAGGAAUGCAAAAUAAUUUUGAAUGGUGAAGAAAUGGAGGAGGUCAAUGAGUUUAAGUACCUUGGAUCAGUUAUGUGUAAGCAUGGUGGUACGGAGGGAGAGAUAAGAGAAAGGACAUUGCAAGGAAGAAGGGUCAUAGGGUCUUCGGGACGAAUCAUGAAUGGCAGAAGUGUGAGCAUGGAGGUAAAGAGGGAUUUGAGAAAUACAAUAAUAGUACCAACCCUCACAUAUAUAUGCAAGUGAAACGUUGGCCUGGAAUGACAUUCAGAGGUCUAGAGUGCAGGCAGUGGAAAUGAUUUAUGUGAGGAGUGCAUGGAGUGUGAGUAGAAUGGAUGGAAUGAGUAAUGAAAGUGUGUACGAGCGUUUUGGAAUGUGUCACGGGGGUGAAGGGAAGAAGUGUGGAGUGGUGGAAGAAGUGAAGCGACAGACUUUAAAGUGGUUUGGCCACAUGGAGCGAAUGGAGAAGAGUAAGAUGACUAGAAGGGUAUGUGUGAGUGAGAUAGAGGGAGGGAAUGCUAGAAGACGACCUCCAGUGAAAUGGAGAGAUAGGGCACAGGAGUACGUUAGGGAGAGGGGAGAAAGAUCUUUGAGAAACUUUGAGCAGGCAAGGAGGGAGUGUCUGGAUAGAGAAAGUUGGAAACUCUUCUGCCAUGGCCAUCCCCUGGUGGGAGCACCUAGGAGCAGGUGUCAAUGAAAUGAUGAUGACCACACUUGCUUGGAAUAAACACCAUUCAAAAAUCA